UGAUUUUGAAUAUUUUUAUUUAUUUUAGAUAUAUUAACUCCACACAAAACAAGAAUAGAAUAGAUAUUAACUAUAAACUAUUAAUUUUCUAAAAUAUUAAUAUUUAUUAUACAGUUUUGUAUUGAAUUUAAAUAAAAUAUGUUAAAUUUUUCGUAUUGGAUUCUAUAUAUUGCAUGUGCGUCGUUUGUGGACCCAAGUUAUUGUUUAAGUAACAAAACCAAAUUGAUUCUGACCUGGAUACCUUUUUACGGGGAUACCACAUUUUUGUUUGGGGAUGGAAGUCCUGAACAUUUCAGGUCAGCAGGAUGUCCUUACUUUGAUUGUAAAAUAACUGGCAAUAAAUCUGAAUUUCCUCUAGAAACAUUUGAUGCGUUACUUUUCCAUGCUGCCGAGAGUCAUCCUAGAUUUGGGACACCAAAUAUAAGGCUUCCAAACCAACUGUACGUUUUUGUUUGCUUCGAAUCAUCCCAGAACACACUUAUUGCAGAAAGCAAACGACACUUUUACAAUGUAACUAUGACCUACAGAUUAGAUUCGGAUAUUGCAUGGACUAAUUUCAGAAUGUACACUAAAACUGGUACUUUAAUGGCUCCAAAAUCUAACCCAAAAUGGAAGCUAAGGGAACCAGAAAGCGAAUUUCUUCUUCCUGAAAGUAUUUCAGUGGCUAUUGAGACUAAAAAAUACAUGGCAGCUUGGUUUGUUUCGCACUGCAAUACAGUAAGUCGACGAGAAUAUUUUGUGAAAAAACUAAUCGCAUUAGGUAUUGAUGUUCAUGUUUACGGACGAUGUGGUAAUCUGAACUGUUCUCGAGCAGACGGCUUGGAAAUCGCAAGUCAAUACUACUUUUAUCUAGCAUUCGAGAAUUCCCUAUGUGAAGAUUAUUUAACUGAGAAAACUUGGAGGGCAUUAAAAAGUGGAACCGUGCCAGUGGUUCUCAGUGGUGCAAACUUGACGAGGUUUUUACCGCCAAACUCUUACAUCGAUGCUCGGAAGUUAGGGCCUGAGAGAGUGGCUGAAGAAAUGAAACGUCUUAUAUCGGAUAGAGCGUUGUAUGAAAAUAAAUUUCGGUGGCACCAAGAUUAUGAAACACUUGAGGGGCAAUCCGAAGGACAGGGUUGGAAAAUGGGUGAACAUCCUUUCUGUAAACUAUGUGAAGCGCUCCAUACAGACAGUUUUAAGAAAAGUAAAGCAUUUGACGUGAUCAAAUGGUGGGAAUCGUCUCAAUCUGGUGAUGGUAAAUCUUGUAUUUUAAAAGCUCCUCUUGAUUGGUUUAGUAAUAAUUUCAGAUAUGGCUGGAAAUAGUAGCUUAUGAAAUACAAGUAUAUAGGUAAUUGAUAAUUAUUAUACGAUUGAAAAAUUA